UGCAUGGGGUAAAACCGCGAAAAUAUAUCUAAAAAUCUUGUUGUGUUUCUGCAACAACUUGAUUGGUGUCAUCUCAUAAUGUACAACGAUACCCAUAGAUCGUUUCUUCAGUAUAUGAUUGGAAAGGGUUGCGUGUCUCUGGAUAAAUCCAUAAACAUAUACAACGAUCUUUGCAACGAAUCGUACAGUUCGCAUGUUAAAUUGGAGGCUUUCAUUAAAGAAAUCAAUAAAUGCAUUGGUGAGCAGAGCUUGAAGAUCAACGUAUUGACUUGCGAGGUGACUGGGGAACAAUUUGUUGUGCUGGUGCAGAUGCUCGUGGAUGGAUCGAGCAAACUGAACAGCAGUUACACAACCAUAGAAUCAGAGUAUUUUCAUAAUUUAGUCAAUGAACUGGUGGUGACUGACGAGAAGAAGCUGAAGCACAUCUUCUGCCUGAACUUGGCCUCCAGUCUUUCAGGGACUUUCUCCCGAGAGGCAGCUCAGAACGUGCUGCAGAGGUGCUUCAGCAACGGUUAUCUCAGACUUAAAGAUGGGGAAGUCUAUUUGGGCCCCAGGUGCAUCUCAGAAUUCACUCCUUAUUUCUACAAGGAUUACGAAGAAUACAUAGUCAAAUGCAAUUUAUGCUCCGAAUUGGUCUUCACUGGCGUCGCUUGUGCGAAUUGCGACCACUUGAUGCAUAGAUCGUGCAUGGAAAAGUUUCAGAAGAAGAGGAGUAAGUGUCCGAAUUGCAAGAAUCCUUGGAUCGAGAAGGAAGUUGAUGAUGAGAGAAGAGUGGAAGAGGAGAGCAGUAGUGAUAAUGAUGAAUAGAUGUAUUUAU